UGCAAAAGAGCCGCAAACCCGCUGGGAUGUUCUGAGCCUUGGCCCAGGCUGAGGGGAGGCUGCCUCUGGCCGGGGCUCAGCGGGCGGCUCUCUGGGACAGCCAUUUCGGCUCCGGGGCGGUGUGAGGCCGUCUGUGUGUGGCUGAGGGCAGAGCAGAGCCUCUCCACCUCCGCUCCGUGCCCGGCGGCAGCGGCAUGGCGCUCCGGGGAGCCUGCCUGCUCCUCUGUCUCCUGUCCCUCGCACACAUCUCCAGCCAGCAAAACGCCAAAGCCCGGACAAAACCAGCGGCUUCCAAGAAAGAUGGUGUGAGCCUCAAAAUGAUUGAAGACCUGAAGGCCAUGAUUGACAACAUCUCUCAAGAGGUUGCUCUACUGAAGGAAAAGCAAGCACUCCAGACAGUUUGCCUCAAAGGCACCAAGAUUCACCUCAAAUGUUUCCUGGCAUUUUGGGAGAGAAAGCCGUACCACGAGGCCAGCGAGAACUGCAUCUCGCAGGGCGGCACGCUCAGCACUCCCCAGAGCGGGGAGGAGAACGACGCGCUCUACGACUACAUGCGCAAGAGCAUCGGCUCCGAGGCCGAGAUCUGGCUGGGCCUCAACGACAUGGCGGCCGAGGGCAAGUGGGUCGACAUGACGGGCGGCCCCGUCCGCUACAAGAACUGGGAGACUGAAAUCACCACCCAGCCCGACGGCGGCAAGCUGGAAAACUGCGCGGCCUUGUCGGGGCCCGCCAUCGGCAAGUGGUUCGACAAGAAGUGCAAGGAGCAGCUGCCCUACAUCUGCCAGUUCAUGAUCGUGUAGCCAUGCUGGGCCGAGGAUUGGCGGCGGAUUAGAGCAUUUCGUUUGGCCACGUCCAGCCCUGUUAGCAGCUGCAUCUUUCUUACUAAGGCACAGGUUCUAGGCCUGGUUUUUUACACGGGGAGUUUAUCAGGAUGGCUCGGUUGUUUCGGCAAAGAACCGCUGAGGCAAACAGCUGCGUCGGGCCUGUCGCUCUGCAAUGGCCUUUCCCAUCUUGCUGAGUUUUGCUGGGAUGCCAGCGUAGCUACUUCCUGCCUUCUCCUCCAGCCUUUGCUUCCCUGUAAGCCCUGGCAGCCAUUCUUGGGAGCUCCUUGUUCCUCAUAGUUCCCCGAGUCAGGCUCCUGAGGAUCAAGGUCUUAUCUUGGGAAUUACUCCUGCUUUGUGGUGAGAGCUACAAUCGGGCUUAGUGGCUGAGUACCAGCUGCUCGACAGCUUGUCCAAUUAGUCCAGUUAUGUGCCUGAACAAAUUAGCAAGUAACAGGCAUGGGUUGACUUACUGAGAAGGAGGGUGUUCUUUCCAGCAGCAUUCCCUGCCUUGUUGCUCCUUUUCUCAUCAGCCAGAAGCCAGUUUCACUGAUUUUUUUUUAAAUAGCCCAUCAGUAGGUCUAUUGAUGCUCCAGCAUCAUGAGGGAAGCAGUGGGGACUCGCAGCAUAGUCAGUCAAAUACACUCUUGGACAUAGAAGAUGAAAGCAUUACAGAAAUAACAGAAAUUAGGGAGUAGCUAAGUGAGGAAUAUGCUGCCAUAUACAAACCAUGUGUGUUUAAAAAUGAACCCUGGGACAACUCACUUCAGCAGCUUUAAGAAUUCUCUGACCUAAGUGAUGGAAACCCAGCUGAAAUAGUCCUGUUUUUAUUGGUCCAGGCACAGUCCUCAGCAAACUCCAACCUGAAAGAAGAGAUUGAAAUAAACAGCAAUGAUGGGAAAGAAGUGCAGGCUACCCUGACAGCUUAACAAAGCUUUGCUGGCUGUUGGCCUAAAGAUACCAGCAGUUCUUUGCAAUCCAGUGCUUGGUAAUAACUCCUCCAGCUUGGGUCACAUCCCCUGCGCUGCCAGCUCGGGGGUAUUAAGACACGAUGCUCUUGGGAAGCCUGUGGGAAAUAUACUUCAGUUUGAUGCUUUGUUUAAAAAGAGCCUGAUGGUGGGUCUUCCAAGAUGUUGAAGGGAGCCAAGCUGGAGGAAUCACACACAGACAGACACACACACACAAAAGCAGAGUGCACACUUCCAAGGCUGUCACUAUUGCCAAACGCUCCGCUGUUCAAACGACUAUCAAAUAAAAUAUAUGUAGAGAGCUUGCUGAAGGAA